UUUAGUGAUAUCAUCAUAAACGUCUGUGGCUUGUGUGAUUUAGUGACUUAUUUAAAGUUUCUAAUUAAGUUGUUUAAAAUGUUUGCCAGUUUAGCGAUUACCAAAUAACGAUCCUUGAAGGAAAUUAAAAAAAAAAAAAUUCUAUGAACUCAAUUUAAUUUUUUGCAAGCUAUAUUAUUUUUGCUAUAGUUAGUUGACUCAAGUUUUAUCAUAACCAAAGUUACUCUACAAUGGCAACGGAACAAAAAGUUACAUCUGACUGCCGAUUGUUACUUCUGCAAGAAAUGCGAUCUCAAAAUUAUGAUAUGAUACGAUUUGCUUCUUAUAGAACUGCGUGUAAGCUUCGUUAUGUCCAGAAAAAAGUACAUUUACACAUUGUUGAUAUUUGGAACGUAAUAGAAGCGUUUCGUGAAAAUGGGCUAAACACGCUUGAGUCACACGUCGAAGUGAAUGUUUCCAAAUUCGAAAAUUUACUGUCCAGUUUGUAUCACAAUCUAAACAAACGGUUACCCGCUCAACAGCACGUACAUGCUGAUCAUUUGACUACGAUACUGCUCAAUUGGAUUAUGUCAGUUUAUUCUGCAAAUGACACUAUGGGACGAAUAAGAGUAUUUUCCAUUAAAGUUGCAUUAGCCACAAUGUGUUCAGGAAAACUCAUGGACAAAUUAAGAUAUAUAUUUUCACAAAUUUGCGAUCAAAACGGGCAUAUGGUUGCAUGGAAGUUUCGAGAAUUUUUACAAGAAGUAUUAGCACUUCCUGGUGCUGUAUAUGAAUCACCUUCUUUUAAAUACAACGAACAGAUACCAGUAGAAAUAUUUAGCGGGAAUGGCAAAGUCACUGUUAAUGAUUUUAUGGAUUCGAUGAUGUCAGACCCUGGACCGGCUUGCCUCGUUUGGUUACCUCUAUUGCAUCGUUUAGCAAAUGUCGAAAAUGUUACACAUCCUAUUGGUUGUGACGCAUGUCAUCGGGAUAAUUUUACCGGAUUUCGCUAUCGUUGCCAGAAGUGUCAUAACUUUCAAAUGUGUCAAGAAUGUUUUUGGAGAGGACGUGUAGCGGCUAGUCACACUAUCGAACAUGAUGUAAAAGAGUAUACUAGUUAUAAAUCUCCAAGCAAACAAAUUGGACAUUCAUUAAGAAAAUCUUUUCGCUGUGUACCAGAAAAAGAAAAAGCAAAUAUACCUAGAUACCCCGAAGAGCCUGAGAAGACUAUUAAUUUAUCACAUAUUAUACCCCCGUCUCCGUUACCUUGUCAUAAUGGAUUUUCAAACAUGUCGCUCAGCAGUCAGUUUAAUACUUUGGACAGCAAGACAAGUUCUAGAAGUCCUGAUAAACGUACAAUGAGUUUGGAUUAUACUUCUAUGGAUGACGAACACAAGUUGAUUGCACGUUAUGCUGCAAAAUUGGCUGCCAAAGCUAAAGAAGUAGGUAGAGCACCAUCAGAAGGUUCUUUAAGCUUGGACACGUCAAGAGCUCAACGAGAACUUAUCAUUCAACUCGAGUCAAAAAAUAGAGAAAUUACAAAAGAAAUCGCUAGAUUAAGAAAGCAACAAGAGAUGGAAGGUUUUUGUUCUGGAAUUUCAGAAGAAAAUCCUGCCCUUAUGAGCGAACUUCGUGCGUUACGCAAUAGGAAACAUGAAUUGGAGUCUCAUCUAACAUCCUUACAAGAUUCUAGAAGGCAACUGAUGGUUCAGCUUGAAGGAUUAAUGAAGCUACUCAAAAAUCAUCAAGGAUCUCCUCGAUCUACACUAAAUUCGUCACCUCAUUUAACAAAAUCUCCUACACCUUCGAAAUCUGCACCACCUACUCCAGGCAGUACUUUAACUUCAGCUUCGCUUUCAAUAAUGUCAAAUUCAGACUCUGGAAUAUUAGGAGAUGUUAUCAAAUCGGCUUUUACCACUAAUUCUCAAACAAGUACACCAAAUAGCCCAUCAGUAAACUCGAUUACUUCUAUGUCCACUGGUGGUAGGAGUUUAAGAAAUGACUUACUAAUCGCUGCUGAUUCCGUUACAAACGCAAUGUCAUCUUUGGUCAAAGAAUUAAACACAGAUAGCCCUGUCCACGGAAAUUCUACAGUAAUUACACCAUUAGGUUUUGGUAAAAAGGAAGACAACAAUAAUUCCAAAAUGAAUAAAGAUUUGAGAACUGAUAGUUUAUCUCGGAGUCAGUUUAAUAAAGUCAAAGUACAUAACAACCAAUCGGACGGUCAACAAUCUCCUGGAAAUAUGAGACGUAGCAGCAAUCCUGGAUCUAUAAACCACUCGCAAGAAGCGGAUCCUGUUACUCGAUGGAGAUAAUAAUAUUUAAUUAUUAUUUAAUUAGCAGUUUUAACGACAUAAACUUAUUAUUUGUUUAUUUAUGCCAACUAUUAGAUUUAAUAACGUUAAGAUUAUAAAAACCUAAAAGAUUAGAUUUAAUUAACUUACUUUUUUUUUAGCUUCGAUGCAGAACUGAGGAGAUAUUGUUUUUACAAUAACGUGUUUUUUAAUUUUUUGUGUCUAGACUCACAAUAUCUUUUAAAUAAAAAAAGAGGUGGGAAAUUGCACUUUGACCAUAGCAUAUUUCCAAGUAGCUAUGUGUAAGUGAACCAACAGUCAAUAAAUAUUUGAAAAUAUUUUCAUUUUAUUGUUAAUUACGAUAGAUGGGUAACAACGGCAACAAAUCAUUAAAAACAGUUGAUUAGCCUUAAUCGUAUCCACCGUAAUACUUAAACCAAAUUUUUAAGCACAUUAUUGUCAUUACUAUGUUUUUAUUGAUACUUGUAGUUUUACCAUGUACAGAUCUGAAUCGAAGCGUUUUGAAUGCAUUUUUGAAAGUCAUUUUAUGACUUUUAGUUAUAAUAAUUUCUAUAGACCUAUGACCCCCCCCCCCCAACAUGCUCUGUUCCCUCUAUGCCUUGACCCUACUAUACUGUUUUUUUUUAAUAACUAUUUUUUUAUAAAUUGUUUUAUUUUCGAGGCAUACUAAUAUUUUAAAUGUUGAUUGUUUUUUAUUUAUAUUGUUGUCUUUUGUUUAACUGUUAUGAAAACGUAUUUGAUACUAAUCAUAAGGAACUACCUAAGUAUUACUUGUUCAGUAUGUUGAUUCAAUUAUUUUUUGAAAGUAACUGUAAUUAAUUAGCAAUUAUAAUGUUAGUAUUAUUUUUUUUUAUUAUUAUUAUUUUAAAAUUUCGUUCUUUUAAUUAUCGGAAAACAUUGAAAAUAUAACGUGUUUGUUGUGUAAAUUAUGUUUGCAGUACCUAUACAAUGACAAUAUGUUAUAUAUGACAAUAGUGUAACUACUAUUAAUAAAUACAUAAUUUAGU